AUGAUCUUCCACCACCCUCUUGCUCUUUUGCUCGUCAGUGUUGGCCUGGCUAGGGCCUUCAACGUCGACUUCACCGGCUCAACAUGCACACAGCUCAAAUAUUCACUAAGCAUCAUCAGCGGAGAGUUCAACUUGGGUGACCGAUUCAACGUCUAUGACAGCCAGAACCAGCUGGUCACAUACAUAAACCUAGUGGAUCACUUCUCUCUCACUCUCCUGACUGGGUCUUUCGUCGCAAACGUCGACUUCCCCGCGGCGGGCACCUACACCCUCACCGCGGGUAUCUACACAUACAGUGGGAAUCCCAUCAACUACAGCUCAGCGAAUGAUCCCGAUGUCGCCCAAGCUUCUCCCUACCUCACGUGCCCUGCGACUGCUACCCCGGUUGUGCCGGGAACCACCGCGCCCAGCACCAUAAUCACCACAAGCACUCCCGCCACCUCUUCCGUUCGUCCUACUCCCGUCACCUCUUCUUUCCAUCCUACUCCCGUUACUACCACAACAUCCUCCAGCUCCAGCUCGACUGGGACGACCACUACACCUGCUACUGCUCACAGCCCGACCGCCACCGGAAAACCCGUCUCGGCAGCGGCCAUUGGCGGCGGCGUAGGAGGCGGAGUAGUCGUGCUGGCUCUGAUCGCCCUCAUUGUGGCUUGCUGCCUCAGGCGAAGGAAGCAGCAGCAGGCGAACAACGCGAGCAUCGGCCUCGUCCAUGACCUCGGCUACGUCAAUGAGGCAUACCCUGUCGGGAUCGACGAGGAGGCUUCCACAACCAAAGGAUGGACUCUGAAAGAUGAGGAGCCGACCAGGGGUUGA